UCCUAUCUAUAGUUAACUGAAGACGAUUCUUGAUUACACUCGAAUUCCAUAGGUUUAUCAGUUCAUCGCCUAUAUAUAUCACAGACACUUUCUCCAAUUCAUCAUCAGCAAGUCAUCAAGCAAAUCAAACACUACCAUCAAAAGUUCAAAAGUAAUCUGUUUUCUUCAAACAAGAAAGCUUCCAAAAAUGUCUCUGAUUCCAAGCUUCUUCGGUGGUCGAAAGAGCAACAUCUUUGACCCAUUUUCCCUCGACUUAUUCGAGGGCUUCCCAAUUUCAACCAAUGUCCCAUCCUCUGCUCGUGAAGUCUCUGCUUUUGCAAAUGCAAAAAUGGAUUGGAAAGAGACCCCAGAAGCUCACAUCUUCAAAGUGGAUGUUCCGGGGAUCAAGAAAGAGGAAGUAAAAGUUGAAGUGGAAGAAGGAAGGAUUUUACAGAUUAGCGGUGAGAGAAGCAGAGAACAAGAGGAGAAGAAUGAUCAGUGGCACCGUGUGGAGAGGAGUAGCGGUAAGUUUUUAAGGAGAUUCAGGCUGCCGGAGAAUACAAAGACGGGAGAAAUAAAGGCAGCGAUGGAGAAUGGGGUGCUCACUGUGACUCUUCCUAAAGAAGAAGAGAAGAAGAAAUCUGAGGUAAAAGCCAUUGACAUCUCUGGUUAAACAAGUGCAGAUAAUUUGUAAUAGUAAUGUUUAUUUUGUUAAGUAUUUUUGUGUUUGUUGGGAGAUUACGCUCUUAAUCUGAAUUAUGUGUAUGUGUAAUUGUUUAAGAUUGUCGGUCUUCUUCUCUUUGCAGUUGUAAACAAGAAAUUCCUUUUAGUAACAUUUAUUUAGUUGUUUCU